CAUGGGCCAAGAUCUUGUUUAUAUAUAGACGUAAAUAAUCAUAUUUGUAAUUUUUUACCCUAAAUCAAUCAAUUAAUAUUCUUUCAUUCAAAGCUUUUCUUGAUUCAAUUCCUUCAAUUCUUGAUUUAUAUAGAACUAUCACAAGAUGCAGAAGACUCACAAUGGUGCAACCACAAACCCUAUUAGGGUUGCUGCCUCCUUCCCAUCCCCCCCACCAACCACCGGAGUCCCCGCAUGCGCGUCGUGCCGCCACCAGCGAAAGAAGUGCACCGAAAAGUGUGUUCUUGCACCGUUCUUUCCCGCGGAUAAAACCCAAGAUUUUCAAGCGGUUCAUAAGGUGUUUGGGGUUAGCAAUGUGACGAAACUAGUGAAGGAUUUGAGUCGAGAAGAUGCGAAAAAGGCUGUGGAUUCUCUCGUUUGGGAAGCGAAUUGUCGGCUUAAAGAUCCGGUGUUGGGGCCAUUAGGUGAGUUCCAAAGGGUUUCUGAAGAACUUGGUGCUUAUAAGACACAAUACCAACAAGCUAAUAUUCAUCAUCAUCAUCAUAGACCAGUUCCCUUAACCCAAGGGGGGGUUAUGUAUGGUGGUAAAUCUGCACAACAUCGUUUGCUUGAAUCAUGGAAUGGUGACAACAAUGUGAUGAACAAUGGGUCGAUGUUGGAUUACAUUCAUAGUAACAUUCAUAGUAAUGGUGAUAACCCUCGUAUGUAUAAUAACUAUGGACCUUUGCCAAAUGCGGAUAAACUAAAACAAGAAAGAGAUCAACAAGCUUCUUUGAUUCAUCCACCACAACAUAUGAUGAACGACUUUAGUGCAUAUUACUAGCAAGGUCAGCAAACGACCACGUCCUACAAUAACUCCGGUUACUUCAUGACAGCUUGGAACGCUUAGCCUAUUGAUUACCCUUUUUUUCUCAUUUAUUUCAUUGUUCUUUUAUUUGAUGAUACAAAUGUAAUGUAAUAUUGUUUCGGUCUUUAAACAUCUUAUUCCAUU